AUGGUCCGAUUGAGUUUGCGCAGUUUUUCGCAGAAAUGGGAUAUUAUGGCGUCGGUGGUCCUUGGGCGAUCGCCGGUCAUUGCGCCGCCGAUGAGCGCAAUUGAAGCAAAAUUCCACCGGUUGCAGCUUGAAGAAGAACGCGAAAAAAGCCUAAUGUGCAAUUAUGAGCUCAAAACGAAACAGGAUGAGAAGAUUCUCGCACGGCGUGAGCAACUGAUUAACGAGGGAAAAGAGCUAUCGGAGCUCGACGAGGCGAUUUCGGUGAUGAAUUCAGUUCUCGAGGAUGAAUGGAAGCGAAAAGCUGACGAGUUGGAGAAAAAAUAUAAAUUCACCACCGAAUCGCCGGCGAAUGAUGGGAAAAGCUUGGAGAGAAUGUUGGAUAGAAAAUUGGUUUUGAUUGUGAAGCAGCGAUUCGGCGACAAAAAAUAUUCGUCGCCAUGGAUUUUGCCGCAAAUCAAGCAUAAAGACGGCGAGACACUUCGACAGACUGCUGAACGAUGUCUCGGCGAGAUUUCGCGCCAAAAUUUGGCCGUGAACAUCGCUGGAAACGCUCCGUUUUCGGUCUUUACGCACAGGUAUCCCAAAGGUCUCGCGGCGAGAACUGGUUCGAUUGGCGCCAAAAUAUUUUUUUAUCAAGCGAAUUUGGCGCAAAAUUCGACGGAAUUCAAGGCGAACGGUGAAGAUAUUUCCGACUUCAAUUGGGUGACAAAAGAGGAAUUUAUAAGUAGUGUGCCGGACAAAUCGUAUCGAAAAGCGGCGAGAUUCGCGUUUUUAGAAUAA